AUGUUGGAACCGCUGACUCUUCAGCACAUUUCGAGGCUGGUGUGUGUACAGAAUUUACUGAACCUGACAGAAGGAAAAGAUGUCACAAAUUAUCUGAGAUCAGCCUACCACAGUGCUGUUACAGAGGACCUGUUAAAUCACAUGGUCCAGUUUUAUCCAAAGAAGCUGACCGAUGACAUUUUGGCUGGUCUGGCAUCUCCACACAUACACAACCUGAAGCUUGUCAACUGUUCUCAGAUAAAACCGUCUAACUUCAUCAAAAUCUCCCCAUACUGUAAGAAUCUCCGUGGCCUUGACCUGAGGAAUUGUAGUCAGGUGAUGUUGCCGGAUUUCUUCGUUUUGAUUGACAUGUCGGGGUUCAAUCUGACCUCGGUGUCUGUAGAAGACUGCACAACAGUGGACAAUGCUGUGGUUCACAGUAUUUUACGAAAUCUUCACCAUCUCAGACACCUGAAUGUAUCGUCCUGCAAAAACAUAACAGACAACGCCUUUCUACUGAAUCUAGAUCAACAUUUAAGGAGGGAGGAAUAUGGACUUGCAGACAGCUAUGAAUGUUCACUGACCAGUAUCGAUGUGUCCGGCUGUCAUGGACUGACCAAUAUGGCCGUACGGAAUCUAGUGACCAUGACAGGACCAACAUUACAGCAUGUCUCUAUGUCGUGGACAAAUCUGACUUUGGAAUCUUUGCUGUGCCUCUCUGGAUUUCAUGUUCCCAGACGUUUUCUAGGAUGUGAGAUGGAGCAUGACGAUGAGGUAUGUGAGAUGGAAGAUGAUAGUGAGGAGAUGGAAGAUGAUGGUGAGAUGUGUUGUAAGACAACUACAUGUGAUUCACAAAGUGAACCUAGGGAGAGAACGUUGGCAAUGUCUGCAGAGGAGGAAGACUCUGUUCAACAAAUGUCACCAAAUAUCUCUCAAAGCACUGAGACAUCGGCUGGUUUCCUUGAUCGACAAGGUAGUACCGCUAUAGACAACCUAGACAAGAGCUGUCUUGGAAAUGAUUUAUCCCAGUGUGUAAAACCUAUGGAGGAAAUUGAAGACAAUGUGGACUCAAGGUUGAAUCUUGAAAAUCCUGAUGUGUAUAAACCUAAGCAUCAGCAGCACACUGCUUUCCCUCCACAGACCAAAGAUUUGAUUGACAGUGGAGAAAAUGUGCAGUUAGUGAACAAUGUGCCAUCUGAAUCUCUCAUACGAAACCAAGCUCAUAUGCAGUGUGGCAUCAGCCAUGAUUUUAAAGAUUUAGAGCAUGUUUGUUUAACCUCUUUUAAUGAACUCACUUCUUACCAGGGACAUGUCAGGUGCUGGGAUGAAGCCCCCACUGAAAUGUGUUUUAUAGACUCAACUCAGAUACACAGCGAUAAGGAUCUUCAAUCUGUAAUCGAUCCCGAUAUUGAUGAUAUUCAUAGCAGUGCUGAGAUGCAUGUAAAUGAUGGUAAUGGAAUAUCAAAACACAGGGACUUUCUUAACGGAGAUCCACUCUCUAACAAGGGAGGUAAUUCUUGUAUUGAUGAUGAUGAAAAAUUGGACAAGUGUGUUCCUUUAUUUUCCUCUUGUGCCAAACGUAAUGCUAAAAUUGUUUCAUGUUCAGUGGAAAUGUCAACAGAUACAGCCAAUCCAAUGGAAAAUGCUGAAUUUCUUGAUCAUGCUGGAAAUCAAGAUGGACCUAUCAGACAUGCGUUUAAUCACACGUCUUCCAAAACACUUAGCAAUUCAAUGUCAGAAAGUACUACCAUCCUCAAUACCGGCAGUGAGUCAACAUCAGAAAGCACUGCCCUCCUCACUACUGGCAGUGAGUCAACAUCAGAAAGCACUGCCCUCCUCACUACUGGCAGUGAGUCAACAUCAGAAAGCACUGCCCUCCUCACUACUGGCAGUGAGUCAACAUCAGAAAGCACUGCCCUCCUCACUACUGGUAGUGAGUCAACCUCAGAAAACACUGCCCUCCUCACUACUGGCAGUGAGUCAACAUCAGAAAGCACUGCCCUCCUCACUACUGGCAGUGAGUCAACAUCAGAAAGCACUGCCCUCAUCACUACUGGCAGUGAGUCAACUGGUGCUAAAGAAUCAUUCCCAUUGCUCUCAAAAUCAAACACAUCUGCGUUGUCGGAUGUAAAGCUGAACAGUUGUACAGCUCUAACUAAUGCAGAUGAUUGGGAUGCAGUAGGUAGGUGCAGUGGAUACCCUGAACCUCCAACCAAGGAGUCAUUUAUUUCUUUGGUGGAACAACCUCCCAAAGCCCAUUCAAAAUCAUUUGCAUCAUCCCAAGGUGAAAAUGAACUAGAGAAAUGCCUUUCAGUGAAUAAUUUGAUACAUUGUUGCUCAAAUCGCUCUUUUGAUGAAGACAUGUUACCAAAGAAUAGUGAAGGUUCUGUAGUCUUAUCCUGUGAUGUUUCUCAAAUCAUACUGCAGGAUGAUCCCCGAUCUGAUGACAAACAUACAAUUAAUGACUUUCAGUCAAGUGAUGGAAAAGAUUUUGAUUGCAACAGAGAUGAACGGUUGUCUCCCGCAGCCAUUUUGCCAAAAUUAGAAAACUUAACCACUGCUUCUGUUUUGCCAAAAGAUGCCAUAAACCAAAAUUUUGAGUCCCUCGCUGGAGUUGACGUCCCUGUUGUGUAUUCAUGCAGCGUGUUGUGUGAAUCUGGAUAUCAAAAAUCAGGAGAUAGUGGUGUGGAAGGAAGCACACCCACAGAGACAGACGAUCAGCGGUGCAUGUCUGCGAAUUCUGGAGAGGUUGAUUUUUCACAACCACGUCAAACCCAAUCAACCAAUGAAUCCUCCAUUUCAUUAAAAAAUCUCCAAUUGACAGAUCUCAGAAACCAUACAAAAUCAACACAAGGAAAACGAAAAAGGGUUGACCAAAUCCUUCCGUCGUUGAAGCACAUCUAUAAACCAAACAUCAAGUCAAUAGACUUAGAAGAGAUAGACCACCCUAAUAACAAACAACAGGAUCUAGAGAACGCGUUCAGUGUAUUCAUAACACGAAAUUCUGGUCUGCAAUCGUUGAAAUUGUCUUGGAUAAAGUUUCCCAAUCAUCUCCUGAAGCUGGUCGUGGAUACGUGUGUUGACUUACGGGAGAUAACUCUGAUUGGGUGUAAUGUGAUCGACCCUGAGCAUGUCCGCUGUAUCGGGUCGCAGUGCAAGAACCUACGGAAAGUUGAAUUAGAAGACUUACGGAGAAUGACGGACUGGUCAGUCGUUCCUAUAGUGUCCAAGUCGGACAUAGAGACCUUGUCACUGUCCGAGUCAGAUAUCCAUGACGUCACAGCAAUCAGACUGGCCGCAAAACUCUCAGAAAAUUUGAGGAGUUUGAAUAUAUCUUACUGCCAAGAGCUAACAGAGCGCGGCAUCAAUGCUUUUCUCCGGAAACAAAGCUGUAUGGAAUCUUUCAGCGCUCGCCAGGGGGCGCUUACUAACCUGUCUUUGGGUCUUCUUAGUAGCAACUUCCGGAUGUUGCGCGUUCUGAAUAUAGCCAGUGUUGAGGCUAUUUCCGGUAGUGGUCUUGUCAGUAUGAUGAAGAGUCUGCAUUAUCUUGAAUUUAUUGACCUCAGCUGGGCAGGAGGAUCAAGUUUGCUUGAUGAAGUUACAGAAGCGAUUUUGAAAUACUGUCCUCGGAUAAAUCGAAUGGUGUUAGAUGGACAAGCUCUCCUGACAUCCAAACCUUUCCUUCCAAUCAUAUCAGAUUGUGAAAAAUGGAAUCGAUGUAAAGCCCUCUUUGUUUUCAAAGCAAAGGAGAGAGCAGCUAAGGCGGUGAUGUGCAUUGAAGACGAGGCUGAGUCAAGUGACGGCGAAUAUGAGGAAUUAUAUUUCCCGCACCGCUCCACUCACUUCGCCACCAAUCUGCAGUCCCUUUGUCUGGAGUACUGUGACAGUAUCACGGACACGGAUAUGGAGGACAUCGUCACCGUGUGUAGGGGGUCUAUCACGGUGAUCGACUACUACAGCUGUCAAGUACAACCAAAACUGCUGAAACUCGGCAGAUAUAAAGUAAAGGACUUGUCGGGUAUAGACGUUCCGCGAUGAGAAAUAGUGAUGUACGAAAGAAAAACAUCAUGGAACAUGUUGUACGGAGGAAUGACGUCAUUGAACAUAGUUCUCCCCCCCCCCUCUCUCUCUAUCUCUCUCUCAAGAUUAGGUGCUAUAUGGUUACCAAGGAUUAUUAAGCUGUGAUCAUUGACAACAGUAACAGCUGUAUAUAGUGAAACUCGGUUAUAUGGUAUGUACGAAGUAAAUACAUUGUCAAACACAGGAUAACGGGAUAUUCCAUCAAGAAGAUGGAUGUAAGCCAAAAAGGUGUAAACGUUAUUUUGUUUGGACACACCCCCUAGGGUAGUUUACCUCACCGCCUUUGUCAGUUGUGCUGAUCUGUAUUUGGCAGUGAAAUAUAUUUAAUCUAGCGUAGCAGCAAUUACAUCCACCCCUAUGGACCGUCCUUUAGGUUAGUGCAAAAACAUGAAACAAUACGCAUGGAUUCGCAUGACUAGACAUUUAUGUUUAU